AUAACACUGCAUAGGAAGCGAAGAGUGUGUGUGUGUUUGUGUGUGUGUGUGUGUGUAACAUCCCUCACUGGAGCAGCUCUGGACUUCCUCUUCUCCCUGUAAAACGGCUGCCACUGCCGGCUUUUGUUGUGUGUGGAACACAGGGGACAUUCCUAGAAAUCAACUUUGGCCUCAGGCACAGAAAGAGUGGCACAACUGGGCUCAAACACUCACCAGCACAAACGCAUGUCAUUUCUUUUUUUCUUUUUGGUACUGUUGUUUGAGAGUGUACUGCCCCCCCUUGGGCGGGGCACUUCUUCCCUUCCUUAUUUGGAUUGUCGGUAGAGGUACGGGUCACAUGGGUGUACAGUAAAAAAACCCAGCGAUAGGAACAAAAAAAACUGGAGAGCAAGAGUCGACAGCUGCCCUGGAGGGUUUACUGCACCGGGGGCAACCUAGUCAGGGGAGGGGAAGAGGAAGAAACGACCGCAAACAAGAGCAAGAAAGAAGAAGACAGUGACAGCUAUUGGAGGGAAGAGGAGAGAAAGAGACAGAGGAGCAGCAGAACAGCCGAGAGGGAGAAGAGGGAAAAGGACCGGACUGUGACAAACGGAAGACUCUUGAGAGGCUGCACAUGGUGUAAAAAUGCCAACAAAUUUCACUGUAGUUCCAGUAAAGGACAGCGCUGGGAAGGCAGCAGAAGGGAGUGAGAAUGAUGUAGAUGACAGCAACGUGCUGAAAGAAGAAGAUGAAGAAGCUACAGGCGAUGGCGUUCCAAAGGAAAACAGCCCUUUCAUUAACAACACAGACAUCGACAAAAACAACAGCUACGAUGGCACCAACAUGGCUCUCUUUGAGGAGGAAAUGGACAGCAACCCAAUGGUGUCUUCUCUCCUCAACAAACUGGCAAAUUACACCAAUCUCACCCAGGGGGCGCAGGAGCACGAGGAGGCUGAUGACGAUGAGGGGCCCAAGAAAAAAGCUGUGAAGAGCCCACAGAUGGGGACCUUCAUGGGUGUCUACCUUCCCUGCCUCCAGAACAUUCUGGGGGUCAUCCUAUUUUUGCGCCUUACCUGGAUAGUUGGCUCUGCUGGGAUCCUGGAGUCCCUGGCUAUUGUUGGCUUGUGCUGCUCUUGUACCAUGCUGACGGCCAUAUCUAUGAGUGCAAUUGCGACCAAUGGCGUUGUUCCAGCUGGUGGCUCCUACUACAUGAUUUCUAGAUCUCUCGGUCCAGAAUUCGGAGGAGCUGUAGGUCUGUGUUUCUACCUGGGGACAACGUUUGCUGGUUCUAUGUACAUCCUGGGUACCAUAGAGAUUCUCCUGACCUACAUUGUGCCUAAAGCAGCCAUCUUCAAGGCGGAGACGAAGCAGGAUGAGCCCAUGGCCCUGCUGAAUAACAUGCGUGUUUAUGGCACGUGCUGCCUGGCGCUGAUGGCUGUGGUGGUUUUUGUUGGAGUGAAGUAUGUCAACAAACUGGCCUUAGUUUUCCUAGCAUGUGUCAUUCUCUCCAUCCUGGCCAUCUACGCAGGAGUCAUCAAGUCCAUCUUUGAACCUCCAGACUUUCCUGUGUGCAUGCUGGGAAACCGCAUUCUGCAAAACAGUGGCUUCUCCAAGUGUCUUAAGUCAGAGGUCAUAGACAACGUGACGGUCACCACUGCUCUGUGGAAGCAGUUCUGCAAAGGUCCUGAGCUCAACGCCACCUGCGACACAUACUUUGAGAACAACAAUGUCACUGAGAUGCAGGGCAUCCCGGGGCUGAUCAGUGGAGUCAUCACAGAUAAUAUGUGGUCGAACUACGGACUCCUGGGUAUGAAGGUAGAGAGCAGAAUACUGCCAUCUGAAGGCGAAAGUGAUGCCGCCCAGGACAUUUACCUGCCCUACCUUUUCAAUGAUAUUUCCACGUUCUUCACAAUGCUGGUCGGCAUCUACUUCCCCUCUGUCACCGGUAUCAUGGCUGGUUCGAACCGGUCCGGUGACUUAAAGGAUGCCCAGAAGUCCAUCCCCAUUGGAACCAUCUUGGCUAUUGCUACCACCUCCUUCAUCUACAUCAGCUGUGUGGUCCUAUUCGGUGCGUGCAUUGAAGGAGUUCUGCUCCGAGACAAAUUUGGUGACUCGGUGAAAGGAAACCUUGUUAUAGGCACCUUGUCGUGGCCUUCGCCCUGGGUCAUCGUGAUUGGCUCAUUUUUCUCCUGCUGUGGGGCUGGGCUGCAGAGUCUCACCGGUGCCCCCAGGCUGUUGCAGGCCAUCGCGCGCGAUGGCAUCGUACCUUUCUUAGAGGUGUUUGGUCAUGGGAAAGCUAACGGAGAGCCCACCUGGGCUCUGCUGCUCACAGCUGGGAUCUGUGAGAUCGGUAUUAUCAUUGCCUCGCUAGACGCUGUGGCCCCUAUUCUGUCAAUGUUCUUCCUUAUGUGUUACCUGUUUGUCAACCUGGCCUGUGCCGUCCAAACCCUGCUGCGAACACCAAACUGGAGGCCGCGCUUCAAAUACUAUCACUGGACUCUGUCCUUCCUGGGGAUGAGUUUGUGUCUCGCCAUCAUGUUUAUUUCCUCCUGGUAUUAUGCCAUUGUUGCCAUGGCUAUUGCUGGUUGCAUCUACAAAUACAUUGAAUACAGAGGGGCGGAGAAGGAAUGGGGCGACGGGAUUCGUGGUCUGUCUCUCAAUGCGGCUCGCUACGCCCUCAUCCGCCUUGAGGAGGCUCCACCUCACACCAAGAACUGGAGACCUCAGGUGUUGGUGCUUUUGAACCUGGACUCAGAUCAGGCAGUAAAACACCCUCGCCUGCUGUCCCUCUCCACUCAGCUGAAGGCAGGAAAAGGCCUGACCAUCGUAGGACAUAUUUUAGAGGGGACAUAUCUCACCAGAGAAGCAGAAGCAAAGAAGGCUGAGCAGAACAUUAAGUCUUCCAUGUCGGCCGAGCGGACGAAGGGUUUCUGCCACGUCGUGGUGUCGUCAAACCUCAGAGACGGCAUGUCCCACCUCAUUCAGUCGGCAGGCCUUGGAGGCAUGAAGCACAACACAGUCCUGAUGGCCUGGCCCGGGACGUGGAGACAGUCCAAUGACCCACAGUCAUGGAGGAAUUUCAUAGAGACAGUGAGGGAGACCACAGCCGCCCAUCAGGCUCUACUGGUGGCCAAGAAUGUGGACAGCUUCCCCACCAACCAGGACCGCCUGGGGGAGGGCACCAUAGACGUGUGGUGGGUGGUCCACGAUGGCGGCCUCCUGAUGCUGCUGCCCUUCCUGCUGCGACAGCACAAGGUGUGGAAGAAAUGCAAGAUGCGCAUCUUCACCGUGGCCCAGAUGGACGACAACAGCAUCCAAAUGAAGAAGGAUCUGCAGAUGUUCCUGUAUCACCUGAGGUUGAACGCAGAGGUGGAAGUGGUGGAGAUGCACGACAACGACAUCUCAGCCUUUACUUAUGAGAAGACACUGGUGAUGGAGCAGAGGUCUCAGAUGCUGAAACAGAUGCAACUGUCCAGGACUGAGAGGGAGAGAGAGAUUCAAAGUAUCACGGAUGAAUCGCGUAGUUCAAUCCGGAGGAAGAACAACAGCGCCGCCGAGAACGUGAGCCUCAGCCGGCAGUCCUCAACAGUCCAGGAGGACGUUCUGGAGGACGAGGCUCAGCUCAUUCAUGACCGAAACACGGCGUCUCAUGGCACGAUAAAUGACAAGGCCGAGGCCGGGCCCGAGCGGGUUCACAUGACCUGGACCAAGGAAAAGCUGUUCUCGGAGCGAAACCGCAACCGCGAGUGCAACACCAACGUGGCCAUGCGCGACCUGUUUAACAUGAAACCAGAGUGGGAGAAUCUGAACCAGUCCAACGUCCGACGGAUGCACACAGCGGUCAAGCUGAAUGAGGUGGUUGUGAACAAAUCACAGGGAGCUCACCUGGUGCUGCUCAACAUGCCUGGACCACCCAGGAACAAGGGGGGAGACGAAAACUACAUGGAGUUCCUGGAGGUUCUUCUGGAAGGUCUGAACCGGGUCCUUUUGGUGCGAGGCGGCGGCCGUGAAGUCAUCACCAUCUAUUCUUAAGAUAAACUUAAGGCUCCUUACCCCCACACUGUACACGUGGCCUGAUGCUGUGGACACUGUUCAGCGGGCAUUUUCGAUGGAAGACUCCAAACUGGGUUUCAUAAUGAAGGGCAGGGUGGACGUAAGGCCGGACCGUUGGUGAUUGAACAAUAACCUGAGGAUGAAGGGCUGUCACACUGCGACAGCCAAGGCAACUGUGAGUCCAUGCUGGGCCCACAGAAACCCCCCCACGCCCCCGCACAUGGGAGAUAGAGCAUAGAGACACUUUAUAUUUGUCAUUUAAAAACCUUGUCCUCUUCUUUUCUGCUUUAUUACCUUAUGUUGUUCCCUCGUGUGUUGAUGUUGUCCACUUCCUGGCACUCACUGCGUAAAGAUAGGCGAGAAAAAGUGGACGUAAACCUCAUCGUUGUUGACUGUUGCAGGUGCAAAGAUGAUGCUCAGAAUUCAAAACAAGGACAGAUAUAUAAAAAUGUAUAUUUUAACAGAAAUAAGUAACAAUAUACAUCACCACAGUAACUCAAAACAAUUCAUUAGAUGUAGUUUCCCUUCUGUCUGUAAUGCCCUUUUCCUUUGAAUGUUGAUUUGCCGUCAGGUGACUGGAGAUGUCCAAUCACUGCUCAUGAAGUCUGGCUUUGUGUGAACAGGGUAAAUAGCCAUAUCUCUUAUUCCAGCACUCUCAAGGGUUCUUUGUGCACAUUUAUAACUGGUGUCUGGUGGGGGUUGGGAGUAAAUGUAGACUAAUAUCACUAGCUUAGCAUUAUGGUUAGCUCUUCGGUUCACGUGUAAAACCUUGACUUUGUCUUCAGAACAUUUGGCAUAUCAAAAAAAAACUAUCGAUCUGUUUUUUUUUUUCAAACUUGACUUUGCAAAUACCAGGCCCUCAGCACUUCUGUCAGUCUGCACAUUACCUUGGUUCUGUUGGUAACACCGGUCCUUCCUCUUGCUCGAUGCAUCACUGUAUUAAUGCAGGACAGCAGUCACUUCUGCACCAUGUACGCUUCAGUGUUGAAGUUGAAUCCAUUAGGCUUGGAGUCCCCGACUGAGCACCAGUAGAAGAAAAAGUGCCAAAAUGACCCUGAAGAGAAACUGUGGAAGUAUUUGUGCUGCUAAAUCCCAUACUGUAGUCGCUGUCUGUAGGCUUCACUGACGCACUUAUUAUAAAUAACGACGUGUUAUUUCAUUGCUGCCAUAAUUCUGAGAAAAAAGUGGAGGGGAUCGCAGGCGUCAUUUGAAGGGCGUUUGUCACCUCUUCAUUAUGCUGCUGCCUUUGGUACAGAGGUCAGAAGUUAAAGGUCAAACCGUUACAAACACACAUACCUCCACAGUUUCUUCAGCAAAGUGAUUAGUCGUGCAGUAUUUUCACGAAAUAUGUGAUUUUCCUGAAUUUCAUUUAUGCAGCGUCUGUGUUUUGUGGGUUUUAAUCCGUUGUACACGUAUGCCUGUGUUACUAUACUUGUCUGGUCUCUGUAGUGUUUGUUACAUUUUAACGCGUCUGUUACUUUUAGCGUUCAUUUUCAAACUCGGUUUGGUUUUUACAAAGUCAGAAAAAGGAAGAGAGAUUCUAGGGGGAAAAAAACAGCAGCAGUUGAGUCUUUUUUUUGUGCGUGUGUCAUGAUUAUAACAUUCUCACCCAUGCGGCACAGAGGACUGUAGACUCUUCAAGCAUAAAUGAAGGACUGGGAGUAGUGAGAAACACAUGGACUAACAGGCUCCAAAACCAGUGCUUUCACCCUAUGAAGUAAACCUUUUCACCUUCUUUGUUCCUUUUCUUCUUCUAUUGUUUUUUUUACUUCCGCUGCAAUAAAACAUUAAAAUAUGUAUGUACACUUUUGCAUAAACAAAAACUAAUUUGUAGCAUUUUAUUGUCUUUAAAAGAUUAAAGGUUGUAAAGAUAAAUUAUUGAAUGACAGUGGUCUCCACAGGCUGGAACAGGAAAUCCCUUGUGGGUAUGCGUAGAGGAGUUUUUAGUUCUGUUUAUUGUAUUUGUGCCUCUUUAAGUAAUUAUUAAAGUGCUGAACUAAAGCAAA